GAAUCGCGUUACCUUGCAGAACGCGCGGGCCCAGUACGCGCUUGACCACGCUGCUGAGUGGAGCCUGUUCGACGCUUCCGUAGUUGUUCCAACAAGAACCAGACCGUUCCAUCAUGCCCAACUGUCCGAAGUGCGACAAGCCAGUCUAUUUCGCUGAAAGGAAAACCUCGUUGGGAAAGGACUGGCAUGGUUCCUGUUUACGAUGCGAAAAGUGUAAUAAAACUUUGACACCUGGUAGCCAUUCGGAACACGAAGGCAAACCUUACUGUAAUCAUCCGUGUUAUUCUGCUCUGUUUGGUCCUGGAGGUUUCGGUCGAGGCGGCGCCGAGAGUUACAUUUACAAAAAGUGAAAAACCCGAGGACUUCAUGACGAUGUAAUACAUAAUGUUAAUCUAAUCGCGUUACCUGUACCGUAGUAAUUAUAUUUAAUGGAUAAUGAACACAUAGAUUGCCUUAGCGUGAAUUAUGUACAAUAUUUUCGUAACGAUUACGAAAUGUGUGGUUGCAAAGUAUGGUAUACUUAAGAUAAUUAAUUUUUUAUAAGGUUGUAUAUUGCAUAAUGUAUAUCUGUUUACUACAUAUGUAGUUACAAAGUGGAAUAAAACUUUAACAAUGCCAGUUUGAAA